GCAGCUGGGCCGGGGACCGUGGACACGUCUGACCUGCGAGUCGGGCGAGGAGGGGCUGGAAAUGGGAAGCUGCGGGGCUGGGGACCGUCCCUGAGCUCGGCCUGCGUGCUGGAGGCGGAGGAGCGAAGUCGGGACUGAGUGGGCGGGAAGAGAGCCUGGGCUGAGAGAUGGCUACUGAUCACAAAAAAGGGCACGUGCAACUGCCCCGAGCUGAUGCCAUUCGGUCACGUCUGAUUGACACGUUCUCUCUCAUUGAGCAUUUGCAAGGCUUGACCCAAGCGGUGCCAAGGCACACUAUCCGGGAGUUACUUGAUCCUUCUCGUCAGAAGAAACUUAUGUUGGGCGAUCAACACCAGCUAGUGCGCUUCUCCAUAAAGCCUCAACAUGUGGGACGGAUUUCCCAUGCCCAGAGAAUGUUGAGCAGGCUUCAUGUGCGAUGCAGUCAGAAGCCGCCUCUCUCCCUGUGGGCUGGAUGGGUCCUUGAGAGCCCUCUCUUCAGGAACUUCAUCAUCUUCCUCAUCUUUUUGAACACCAUAGUGCUGAUGGUUGAAAUAGAAUUGCUGGAAUACACAAAUAGCAGUCUCGAGCCAUUGAAGCUGACUGUGGAGGUGGCAGCUUGGUUUAUUUUGUUAAUCUUCAUCUUGGAGAUCCUACUUAUGUGGCUAUCCAGCUUUUUCCUCUUCUGGAAGAGUGCCUGGAAUGUCUUUGACUUUGUUGUUACCAUGUUGUCCCUGCUUCCGGAGAUUGUGGUGCUGGGAGGGGUAACAGGCCAGUCUGUGUGGCUCCAGCUGCUGAGGAUCUGCCGGGUACUGAGGUCUCUCAAACUCAUUGCACGAUUUCGUCAAAUUCGAGUUAUUAUUUUGGCCCUGGUCAGGGCUCUCAAGAGCAUGACCUUCCUCUUGAUGUUGCUGCUCAUCUUCUUCUACAUUUUUGCCGUGGCUGGUGUCUAUUUCUUCGAGAAGUAUACCCGUUCAACUCGCCAGGACCUGGAGUACAGCUUGUUCUUCUCGGACCUUCUGAAUUCCCUAGUGACAGUGUUCAUCCUCUUCACCUUGGAUCAUUGGUAUGCGCUCCUUCAGGAUAUCUGGAAGGUGCCUGAAGUCAGCCGCUUCUUUAGCAGCGCCUAUGUCAUCCUUUGGCUGUUGCUUGGCUCUAUUAUCUUUCGGAACAUCAUAGUAGCCAUGAUGGUUACUAAUUUCCAGAAUAUCAGGAAUGAGCUGAGUGAGGAGAUGACACAUCUGGAGGUUCAGCACAAGGCUGACAUAUUCAAGCGGCAGAUUAUCCAGAGGAGGCAAAACCUGUCCCCUGAGUUGCUGAGGUCAAGCCAGAGCAAAAUCGAUAGCAGAUUAACCAGUCAACCAAGGAUAUCUGUGUCCUUAUCCAAAGAUUCUAAAGGAAAGCCUAAACUCAUAGAUACUGAAGAGGAUAUAGCAACAUCUGUGUCAAAAACCAAGGAAUCCUUGUCAGUAAUAAAAGAGUACCCAUAUUCCUCCUCUGCCUCCUCUGUAGCCUCCGUCUGUUCCUCAUCUUUUGAGACCACAUAUCCUGAUGCUGUUGAUCAGUUGGACUGGGAGACCCUUGUGCAUCAGAAUCUGCCUGGGCUAAUGGAAAUGGAUCAGGAUGACCGUGUUGUUUGGCCUAGAGAUUCACUCUUCCGAUAUUUUGAGUUACUAGAAAUGCUUCAGUAUAACCUAGAGGAGCGUAAGAAGUUGCAAGAGUUUGCAGUGCAGGCACUGAUGAACUUUGAAGAUAAGUAAAGAUGACAGUGGACGCCUUCUGUAUCUUUGGGCACAGCAAAAGACAAUGGAGAGAGAACAGAGAAUUGGAAACAGAGAAUUCAAUUAUAAAUUUCUAA